AUGGUAGGGAAGGACUUCCGCACCAGAAAAAUUUUGGAAGAUUUGCUGCUGCAACAUGUCUGCCGAGCCAAGGAUGAUAUGGCCCCAUUUUCAGAUUUGGACUUGGCUCAGAAGCUUUACCGGUUCCUGCAGUCCAAGAGAUUCUUGAUUGUUUUGGAUGAUGUCUGCUCUGUCGAUGCUUGGGAGUGCCUCCGCAUUGCACUUUUGUCUCAAGAACCAACCGCCAGCAGAGUGCUGCUCACCACUCGGGAUGUCGGAGUUGCAGACAAGAUUGCUUCUUUAUCAGCCGACGACAAAGGAUUCAUUCACCGGAUGAGAUUUCUUAACCCAGACGAAGGCUAG